AUGACGCGAGACGCGUCGGAGCCAGACAUGUCGUGUCUAACAACACAAUCGACCUUCGAGGAUACGAAAGAGGUCAGCGAGGCGGCGGAGUCUGCCAGCAACAUCGCGACUGGAUCGAGUGAAGGAGCCAGUCUGGAAGUCAAAGCUGUACCACGGGCAGAGCCCACAGGAACCACCCUCCAAGAUGCUAUCAACAGCGCGCCACUGACACAGCUCCGACGAUUGCUUAUUGAGAUCACCAACAUGAAUGCUGAGGCUCGCGGACAUGCAUCCACAAGACUACUGACUUCCAUACCAGGGAAACGAGGUAAGCGCAAAGCUUUUGAGACCUGCAUUAAAUGCGAUGCAGACUACCACGUCAACGACAAUGGCCCAAGUUCUUGUGUGUAUCACGAUGGCGACAAGGAAGUCGAUGAAUCGUCGACUACCUGGGACGACUUCCCUGGAGAACCAGAUGACUUCGUAGAUGACCCGGACUAUGCUGAAGGAGUGAUCUGGAACUGUUGCGACAAGGCACUGGGGUCUGAGGGCUGCGUCAAAGAAAGGCAUCAGUCAAAGGUCGAGCCUGCAACCAAGAGAGGCCGAAUGGAUGUGGCGAGUCUGAUGAACUGA